AUGCUGUAUGCGGUAAAUUAUGCUGGAUUUCAAGACAAUGGGCGAGAGUCUCUCGGUGUGAUUUGUGUCGUUCUCAACAUCGCCAGCAUCGGAGCACCGUUAUUUCAAAUCGGCGAGGUUAUUCGAACGAAAAACUCGGAAUCGUUACCACUUCCUUUGUGUUUGGCAUGCUUUCGCUGUCAGUUUACAAUGGUUGCUAUAUGGAGUACUUGUGAAAGACUACGUCAUACAGGAGGAAGCCGUCAUGCGGCGAUGCGCGCUUUCGUCAAGAAUUUCAUGCUUAGCAAGUGA